CAACUCCAACACCUUCUGUAUCUAUUUGCCCUGAAUGGAAUGUUACGCAAAAUGAGACGUUCAUCAUCUGCAACUGUACCAUGGCCAAAUGCAUUGAGAACAAUACAAUUGAAAUAAUUCCAUACGAAUGCCCACCCCUUCAGAACAUCACUUGUACUAAUGGAAAGAAACCAGUUCUUGUGUAUGAUGAGCACCACUGCUGCCAAUAUUAUGCUUGUGAAUGUGUAUGUGAAGGCUGGGGAGAUCCUCAUUACAUCACAUUUGAUGGCCUGUACUACAGUUAUCAAGGAAACUGUACUUAUGUCUUAAUGGAAGAGAUUACUCCACGACAUCACUUGAAGAUUUAUAUUGACAAUGUAUUUUGUGAUCCCACUGAAGAUGUUUCUUGUCCGCGAUCGAUCAUUGUCGCAUAUGGAUUUCAAGUUAUUACACUCGUGAAUCAUAACCUAAUUGGAACUGCAAAAUUAGAGGCACUCAAAGAUGGAGUCCGUUUGAAACUACCUUAUUCACAGCAAGGUGUUAAGGUCCUGAGUUCUGGCAUCAACUUGAUUUUUGAGAUCCCUCGUAUAAAAGUAGUCAUUACAUUUGGAAUAACUGGUUUCAGUGUCAAUCUUCCAUAUAAGCACUUUGGCAAAAACACACAAGGCCAUUGUGGAACAUGCACUAACAACCAGGCUGAUGAUUGCAUGUUGCCUGGAGGCAAGCUGGUUGAAAGUUGUUCUGUGAUGGCUGAUUAUUGGUCUGCAACACUCACUGGCCAACCUGAGUGCCAGAUACCACCCACUGUGCCACCCACCAAUGUACCUGAACCACCACCAACCUUGCAAACUCCAUGCAAGCCAGACUCCAUAUGUGAUCUCCUUAAGAGCAGUGUCUUUGCAGAGUGCCAUCCUUACGUCUCUCCUGACAAAUUCUACAAAGGUUGUGUUUUUGAUAGCUGCCAUGUUUCUAACCCAUCAAUAGAGUGCACAAGUUUACAGACCUAUGCUGCUGCCUGUGCUCAGGCUGGGAUUUGCCUUCACUGGAGGAACCACACAAAACUUUGUACAAAUGAAUGCCCAUCAAACAAAAUUUACAAACCAUGUGGUCCUGCGGAGCAGCCAACCUGUGACGACAAUAAUAAUGAACCAUACCUGAAUUACACCACUGAGGGCUGCUUUUGUCCUGAUGGAAUGAAACUCUUCAACAAGGAGUCUGGCAUGUGUGUGAAUAAGUGUGGAUGUCUUGACCCUGAGGGUAUUCCUCGUGAGUUCAAUGAGAGGUUUGAGUACAAAUGUCAAAACUGCAUCUGUGAGGAGUCCACCAAGACUGUGACAUGUGUGCCUAAGAAGUGCCCAGCACAACCUCCUUUGAGCUGCAGUGAUCCAGGGUUUGUCCUUGUCAACCAAACUAAUCCAUCCGACCACUGCUGUUCUACCAUGGUUUGCCAAUGUCACAGCAACUCUUGCCCAGUCAAGGGCAUAAAAUGUCACAUUGGAUAUAUACCAGAUGUCAGUGUUCCUGAGGGUAAAUGCUGUCCAGAGUAUACGUGUGAGCCUAAAAGAGUGUGUGUCCACAAAGAAGUUGAAUACCAGCCUGGUUCUUCAGUUCCUGUCCAAAAAUGUCAGGAUUGUACAUGUACAGAAGUGGUUGACCCCAAGUCUAAGCUAUUCAAGAUAUCUUGUGAGUUUCAGCAAUGUCAAACAAACUGCGACCUGGGAUAUGAAUAUAAGGAAAAGGAUGACGAAUGCUGUGGGAGGUGUGUGCAGACACGUUGUGUUGUCAGUUUAAAUGAUAGCAAGCAGGUCUUGGAGCAAGGACAAACCUGGUCACCACCUGAGAAUAAGUGUGAGUUUUACACCUGUGUUAAGCAUGGUGAGACUUUAACUAUGGUCAGAUCACAAAUCAUCUGCCCAUCAUUCCACCCAGACAACUGUGAACCUGACACAAUUCAGACUGCAGCAGAUGGCUGUUGUAAAAUUUGUGUGGAGAAGAAUAAGGGCUGCAAGAUAGCGUCCAUGAAAACCAGGGUUUCACACAACGGCUGCCAGUCUUACGAGGAGGUUGAUAUUCCAUAUUGUGAAGGAUCCUGCAACACUUUCACCAAGUACUCUGAAUCAGCAGACUCUAUGCUGCAUUCCUGCUCCUGCUGUAAGGAUACCCGCUCCAGCAAUCGCACUCUUGACUUGCACUGCUUGAAUGGAGAGGUGAUUCCCUUCACAUACAUGCACGUGGAGGAGUGUAACUGUGGCCACACACACUGCACCAGACCUCCUGCUCCUGUUCGCAGGAGGCGAGGCUUCACGCUGGUGUAAUGACAAAUCUGCAAUUACAUUAAUGAAUGUCUUUCCCUAUUGUCUUUACAAUCAUUUCAUCUAUUACAAAGUAAUUUCUGUUGUAGUAAGAGUAUUUAUCAGUUCAAAAUAAAAAGAUGUAACUCUGUGAUUGUCUCAUCUGUUCUUCUCAGUGAUGCUCGACACCACUACUGAUGCUACUCAUUUAUUUAUUUGUUAUU